AAAAGACAGCGUCCCCAGUGAUGAGUUGCCCGUUUCUGCAGAAUUGGUAACUGCCAUGGCGCCACAGUCCUAUGAACCCAAAUUUUUCCUUCUCAAACGUCGUCUACCAGCGUCGGAGAGCGCGCAUCUUCUCGGGCGGGUCGUUCAGCAUUACCAGGACCCCACUCGCGACUUCACACCCGACUCCCCAGCGGGGAGUGUGACGGCCGAGGUAUUCAAAACCUUCUUGCUUGGUGUGCAAUACGACACGGACGCAAUCCUCAAGGCGCAGGCUGCUCGAAACGAUGGCCUCCGGGCAAAGCUCUCGGGGCUGCUGUCAUUCUCAGCCGACUCUGCAGAAGGCGGCUCGACCACCGUGGAGUCCCCGCGCUUCAUAACACGACGACUGAAGCUCGAGAAAGACUACUUUGAUGCGCUGAAGGCCGUCCCUGACGUGCGUCGGAAGAUCCUUGAGAUGUGUCCGGUUGGUGAUAAAGUCUACCUGAUUGUCGGCACCAUGAGCACCCAGACGGCCAAGUUCAAACAGACAGCAGCCCAGACCAAGGGUAGAAGUGUCUCUGGCUCCCUACAAUUGCCUCUGAGUGUUGCUAUGUCCGUCGGUGUCAUGCCUCAUCUAGACACCGUCACCAGCCCAGAGGCCAGUACGAACCACACUGAGUCAUCCGGAUGGUCCAUGAAAUUCAGCUCGACCGCUAUCGGAGAGGACGGUAAUUCUGGCGAGGCCGAAGAGGUCUUUGCUGUGGCCUGCAGGGAGAUCUCGAGAAGCUGGCGGGAUCUGGGACAGGAUGUCAAGAUGAAGACGAAGCCUCCGGAGUAUCGGGGCGGACAGCAUUUCGGGGCAGAAGAAGAUUCAGACUCCGCCGACGAGGAUGACGCGAAUGAAGAAAUGGAAGCGUUUGCGGCCGGGGGGUUGAAUUUGCUGGAAGAUGAAUCGUCGAGGGUUCUAGACGGACUCUGAUCUCUGGUCCUUGAUGGGAUCUGAGCUCGUUAUGGCCAGGCGCCUCCUGGAACUAUUUGGCUUAGAGGAUGUUUCUGUACAGGUGGUGAAGAGAAUUGCGAGAUGUUGAUUUGAAAAGGGCAGAGAAACCGGAAGGAGCAAAUAGGCAUCGACACGUGAUUUGUCUAAGCGAGGUAACACGAAUUCCCCCCUUUCUUGCGCAAAUCCAUAGUAUACAAGACAGAUACUUGUUGAUGGGGCUGAAAGGGUCGGUGUUGAACUAAGACCACAUGGGUUGACACUUGAAAUGAAAAGCAGUGAGGCCUGAC